AUGGACAAUAAGAAUCAAACAGCAGUGACCGAAUUUCUUUUCAUGGGCUUAACAGAUUUUCUUCCACUCAAGAUCAUUCUCUUCGUGAUAUUUUUCUUUGUUUAUGUUGUCACAUUGGCAGGGAAUUUGGGACUGAUAAUUCUGAUAUGGAUGGAUUCCCGAUUGCAGACUCCCAUGUACUUUUUUCUCAGCCACUUGCCCCUUGUUGAUGUCUGCUCCUCUUCUUCUGUUGCUCCAAAGAUGUUGUGUGACACCUUUCUGGAGAGAAAGGCCAUUUCCUUUCUGGGCUGUGCAGUACAAAUGUGGUUGUUUGGCCAGUUUGUAGUGACAGAGUGCUUCCUCUUGGCCUCCAUGGCAUAUGAUCGAUACAUUGCUAUCUGCAACCCUUUGCUGUAUACUGUACUUAUGUCCCAGAAGGUUUGUGUGAAGCUUGUGGUAGGACCCUAUGCUAUGGGCCUUCUAAGUGCCAUAACUCAUGAGACUUUCACUUUUCGCCUUCCUUUCUGUGGUCCCAAUGUGGUGAACCACUUUUUCUGUGACAUUCUCCCUCUUCUCUCCCUUGCAUGUGCUGAUACACAAAACAAUAAAUUGGUUCUUUUCAGCAUGGCUGGAUUAAUAGGCAUUCUCAGUGCCCUCAUCAUCUUGGUUUCCUACAUUUAUAUUCUUAAAACCAUUUUGAAUAUCCAGUCUACUGAUGGAAGGAAGAAAGCUUUCUCCACCUGCUCUUCACAUCUGUCUGCAGUAGCUGUCUUGUAUGGUACUCUUUUCUUUAUUUAUAUUCAACCUAAUUCAGGGUCAUCUCAGGACAUUAAUAAAGUGGUUUCUGCAUUUUAUACGACAGUGAUCCCCAUGUUGAACCCUCUUAUUUAUAGCAUGAGGAACACUGAUGUAAAAGAUGCAUUUAGAAGGACACUGGUUCAAAAAAAAUUCCUGCUGAGUAGAUAG